AUGACAAAUAUUGAAAGUAGUAUCCAUGAAUUUACUAAAAAACCAACAAUAACGCAAGAAGCUCGACAAUAUGGGCUCUACAACAAACCUGGACAAAAUUCUGGACAAUAUGGUUUGUACUCCCCGCAAAAUGAAUACAUAAAUAAUGAAAUUGGAUCAAAUGGCAAUUAUGGUCUUCAGUCUGCACCGUCGAAUGGAAUUAAUUUUAUGGGAGCGUUAGAAUCAAUUGCUUUGCAUGAUUCUUUACGAUGUAUACCAAAAUUAUUAUGUGAAUUUAUGGUGGAAAGAACACGUCCAAAUUAUCAACAAUCGUCGUUCAUACCAAAUAUUGAUAUGUCAUCACUCUUGAGCUACAUUGACAAUAUUGGACAGGGAGCCGCAGAAUCGCCAUUACUAACUUUUGGAAAAGCCGCUAUAUUGGGGUAUACAGCGAAAGGAAAUAAUUAUGAAUGUACACGAGCGUAUCCUCGAUGCCCUCGAGAUCCUGAUCAAUUGUUAGAUUAUUUAAACAAUCAUAACGGUGGAUUUUUUAGAUUUUUUAAUGGAUUACCAAAUCGAUCUCAAUAUGGAAAAAGUAUCAAAGGUCAAAUUGAAAAACGAAUACAAAACAAACCAUCUUCGGCAGCGUAUGGAUCAUUUCAUUCUGGACCACAAUCUAUAAAGUUUCAAAACUCGGGAUAUGAUUCCAAUUUACAAGGAUCAUAUUAUUCAAAUAGUCAACAAACCACAAAAUUUCAAAAUUAUCAAUAUUAUUCAAACAAUAGACCGAAACAAGAAUAUCUUUAUGUAAAUGGAAGAUUUAUACCAUACAAUCCAGCACCAUCAAAGUAUUAUAAAGAUUCGCAAAUUAAUACUCCAAGUUACUCACAAGUUGGGGUAGUUUUUCCGGAUCGAACGGGAACUGGUGAAUUAUUAUUGGAUUCAAAUAAAUUUAAUUCCAUUUACAGUAAUAAUAAAAAAUUAAAAUUUCCUUAUUAUUGAUAGGCUAAUUGCUUUCAUCGAAUUAAGCCACAAAUAGGCAUUGGACAAUUUUAAUGUAAUAUAUCGCAAGUUUAUUUUGAGA